UUAUCUCGAUCUGAAAUUUCAAAAACUGAAAAUAUAUAAAAGCGGUGGCUGUCACGCCAAAAAGUAUCAUUCUAGUUCUUCGAGAGGAGAGCACACUAAUCAGGGAGUAAAUAAGAGCUGUCUGAAGUCCUGGAAAGAUGCUAUCUAAGUUUGCACUUCUAGCCCUGCUUAUCGGCCUCUGUCAAGCCAUUCCUAUUCUUACCGAAGACGUUCAUCACGACGACGCCCAUUAUGAAUUCGCAUAUUCCGUGCAUGACGACCACACAGGGGACAUCAAGGAUCAACAUGAAUCACGAAAAGGAGACGUGGUUGAAGGUGAAUAUUCUCUAAUCGAGCCAGAUGGACAGAAACGUACUGUGAAGUAUUCAUCCGACCAUCAUGGUGGCUUCCAGGCGUAUGUUGAACGUGGGGAGAGCAAGCAUCCAACCGGAAAAGCCCUUGGAGUUGCAUCCAUCGCUGUGGGCCAUCAUGUCGCUCCCGUAGCCUAUGCACACCAUGUCGCUCCUGUUGUCACGCAGCAUAUAUCUCCUAUUGCCAUAGCACAUCCUGUUACUCAUAUUGCCCCCGUGGCUCAUGUUGUUCCUGUUGCGCACGUUGCUCCUGUGGCAGUCAAGGGUCAUGUUGCAACGAGCAUUUCAAAUAUCAAACAGACUCAUAACUCCCAUGGUGCCUACAAUUAAUUGGCUAUUUAUCAAGUACCUUGAAUGUAUUUUAAGUGGAAGGAUUCCACUCGUUAUUUUAUAUCUAUUGAUUCCUUACUUAUGUACUUUUGCAUUAAUAAAUAAGGGUUGCAUCACAAAUUA